GUACACGGCGAUUUCGCUUGUUAACAUUAAUAAUAACUUGUAAUUUGCAGUCGUUGUUGAAAAUCACUCACUGAGCGAAGAAGGGAAAAAAACUGGGAAAAAACUAAUUACAACAUUUUUCACAUGUAUGUAGGUAAACAUUCAUUCAUAAUACGUAGCCAGAGCCAGAGCCAGCAUAAUGAAAUGUAAAUGAGAAAAUCCAGACGAGAUGAGAUGAGAAGAGACUUGACCAAAAAAGCGUAGACUUUGAAGAUCUUCCGCAUGGUUGGCUUCUGACUCCCGUCUCCCCGUGGUUCCAGCAUAUCUCCCCCAGAGAGUGAUCUCAGUGUGUUGUUAAUUUCUGUUCAUUAAGUCAGAAAAUAGCCAGGUUUAAUGUUCGAGCGAGGCACAAAAUUAAUUAAACAUUUAUCAAAAUCAACGCCGCCUCUCAGGGCCUCGCGAUAACGGCGAAGAUCGGAAUAUCCGAAUAUCCGAAUACUUCCACCCAAAAAAACACGAUGACAUUUGGGCAUUUUAUGAGCAUGACCGCCAUUGUUUUAGCUUUGGGAUCGCUUAACUCUUGUCAUUGUACUAGUCAAAGUACGAAUGCCGCGCUGAGACUGAGACUCUUGGCCGAAAUCGUAAACGAAACCGAAACCAAAACGAUGCCACAAAUUCCAAGCUCUGCGACUUCAAUACAGACGUGGACGUCAACAUCAGAGUUCGCCUGUCGUUCCGAAAUGAAAAAUGCUCAAAAUCCGACACAAAAAACCAAAGAAACACUUUGGCUCGUUAUUCUUGGCCUGGGCUUUACUUUUUUCGGGGGUCUCGUUUUUGCCUGAACUGAACCGAAUUCGGACUUGGAUGUGGAAGUGGACGUGGACGUGGACAUGGACGUGGAGAUGUGGCUGGGCAUAUCGCUCGGCUUUUGGCCCAGCACUUGAAUUGCACUUGAAUGCUGUAAAUGUUUUUUAAGGCUGCCUGGCUGGGGAUCUUGAAGCCGAAACGAAUCUCGAAUGCCCUCCCUGAAGGCAGAUGAGCCCCACAUUUGAGUGGAGAUGAGCCUGGCUUAUUAUGAGGUCAGCGGCGGGCUUUUGAAGUCAACAUUGCGGCUGUCAGCAGGUCACUUCAAAGCCAUAUCUAUUGACAAUGUUGCACAGGCGAAAGCCACAUCUGGGUUGGCUUGAGAUUCUGGGGAAACUGCAAAGAUAUCUAAAUAAUCCGUAUAAAAGAGUUUCACUUAUUUAAGAUCUUAUUUUGAAGAAACUGUUGUGAAUCCUAAUUUAUUGGUUAAU